GGUCUCAUGUGUAAAGCCGUUGGUGUAGCCACUCAUUUAACUUGGCUGUGGAUGUUUUCCUGGAGUUUCAUCUGCAGCUUCAACAUGUUUCGCGAUUUUACAUCAAGGACACGUAACUCCGUCCCAACUAGACAAGAAGACAGACUCAAUCUCAUUAAACGUUUUGUUGCCUCCCUUUUAAUGCCAGUCGCAGUCGUGUUGGCCGUGGUCGUUACUACGCUCAUUUUGACUGAGGGAGAGAACAUUGGAUACGGUGAGAAUCUCUGCUACUUGGACACACCUCUGACUGUAGGUAAGUGCACUUCCUUUAUGUGUUGUUUUCAGAUUUUUGAACUUUUAAAAUUUUUAAUUUUGAGAAGUAAGCGACAACCUUUGAGAAAAUAUAAGUUGAUGUUUAAAAUUUUGAUUCUAUCAGUGUACAGUUCGAAUAUUUGUUUCCCAACUUAGGACUCGCAGUGUUAGCGCCGAUGACUCUUGUCGUUGGAUGCAACGUGGUGUUCUUCACACUGACUGUCUUAAACAUUGAGAGAAUUCGUCAUCUACAUCAUCAUGUGACAUCAUCCGACACAAGGAAUUUGCUGGUGUACGUCAAGCUAUCAUCACUGACAGGAGCUUUCUGGACAAUGGCAUUGGUCGGAGAAGUAACCGAUAUGGAUUUUCUGAGGUAUUUAUUUUGA